UCGCCUGCCGCCACUUUCAUGCUAGUGGUCGAGCUGUUAGCAAACGCAGACGAAAACAACGCUCGUCUUGGUGUUGUGUGAAUCAUUCGAUCUCUGGAUUUUAACUAUUAAAAUGUGCCGCUUAUGAGAGCGUAAAUACUCGAUUACUGGUAUCUUACCAAUUUGACGAUCUGUAGGGAGGCCUGAACCCCCACAGGCACAAAGGAGAUGAAGCUCACAGACAAUGUGUUGCGGAGUUUCAGGGUAGCUAAGGUGUUUCGGGAGAAUUCUGACAAAAUCAACUGUUUUGACUUCAGUUCGAAUGGCGAGACGGUGAUUUCAAGCAGCGAUGACGAUUCAAUAGUCUUAUAUGACUGCCAGGAGGGAAAACCAAAACGAACCCUGUACAGUAAGAAGUAUGGAGUGGAUCUCAUCCGAUACACACACGCAGCCAACACUGUGGUAUACAGUUCCAACAAAAUUGAUGACACUAUACGUUACCUGUCUCUACAUGACAACAAGUACAUUCGGUACUUUCCUGGACACAACAAAAGGGUGGUGGCCCUCUCCAUGUCACCUGUGGAUGAUACCUUCAUCUCCGGCUCAUUGGACAAAACCAUUCGACUCUGGGACCUCCGCUCCCCAAACUGCCAGGGCCUCAUGCACCUGCAGGGGAAGCCGGUGUGUUCCUUCGACCCAGAGGGGCUCAUUUUUGCCGCAGGCGUCAACUCAGAGAUGGUCAAACUUUAUGACCUACGAUCAUUCGACAAGGGUCCUUUUGCCACUUUUAAACUACCUUAUGAGCGUGCGUGCGAGUGGACCGGCCUGAAGUUCAGUAACGACGGCAAGCUGAUCCUGGUGUCUACCAAUGGGGGAACCCUGCGCCUCCUAGAUGCCUUUAAGGGGGCUGUGCUGCACUCUUUUGGGGGCUACAAUAACAGUAAAGGAGUGAUCUUGGAGGCCUCCUUCACUCCUGACUCCCAGUUCAUCAUGAUUGGCUCAGAGGAUGGCAAGAUCCACGUGUGGAAUGCGGAGAGUGGCAUGAAGGUGGCUCUCUUGGAUGGCAAGCACACAGGCCCCAUCACCUGCCUACAGUUCAACCCCAAGUUCAUGACAUUCGCCAGUGCCUGCUCCAACAUGGCUUUCUGGCUACCUACCAUUGACGAUUAGCAGCAUGUUGGGCUGCAGAGGAGGAAAAGCGCCACCUUGUGGGGGAACUUGAUUAUGUUGUGUUCGACUCAACAGACAACAGGGGGCAAUGUUCGUAUGCCACCCCUGCACAUAACAUCUGUCAAGUUGGACUGUCAGAUAUGUAAAUAGGUUUUCAUCACGCUCAUCCGUAUGUUGUUACGCGCCUUGUGUAAUUAUGUUUGGGUUUUUUUGUUGUUUAUUUUUGUAUUUUAUUACCAAUAAAUCUGUUAAUCUUGGAA